AUGUUGGUGCGGAGCAGCUGGCGCCGCUUGGCGCUCCCCUCGGCUCCGCCGCUCAGGCACUGCCGGGCGGGCAGCGAGGUGGCGGCGGAGGCCCAGCGGUACGAGGUGGUGGUGGUCGGCGGGGGCCAUGCAGGGACGGAGGCGGCAGCGGCGGCCGCUCGCGGCGGGGCUCGCACGCUGCUGCUCACGCACAGGAUCAGCACCAUCGGAGAGAUGUCCUGCAACCCUUCCUUCGGCGGCAUCGGGAAGGGGCAUCUCAUGCGGGAGGUGGACGCGCUGGACGGACUGUGCGGGCGGCUUUGCGACCGCUCCGGGGUGCACUACAAAGUGCUGAACCGCUGCAAGGGCCCUGCUGUCUGGGGCCUCCGCGCCCAAAUCGAUCGCGGCCUCUACAAGGAGAUGAUGCAGAAAGAAAUCCUCAACACACCGCUGCUGACAGUCCGUGAGGCAUCUGUGGAGGAUCUCCUCUUGGCAGAGCCAGAAGCAGACUGUGCUGGGAAGUGCCAAGUCAUUGGAGUCAUCCUGGGGGAUGGGAGCUCGGUGCGGGCUGGCAGCGUUGUCCUGACCACCGGCACCUUCCUGAGGGGCGCAGUCGUGCUGGGGCUGGAGAGGCAGGCGGCCGGGCGCCUGGGGGAGCAGCCUGCCGUGGGCCUGGCUCACACCCUGGAGCAGCUGGGGUUUGCCAUGGGCAGGCUGAAGACUGGCACCCCCCCUCGCCUUGUCAAGGACACCAUCGACUUCAGGGGGCUGGAGGAGCGAGUGGCUGACAACCCCCCGGUGCCCUUCAGCUUCCUCAGCAAGGCUGUGUGGAUCAAGCCAGAAGCUCAGCUGUCCUGUUACCUGACCCGCACUACCCUGAGAGCCCAGCAGAUUGUCCAGGAUAACCUCCACCUGAACAACCACGUCAGGGAGACCACCAGGGGCCCAAGGUACUGCCCCUCCCUGGAGUCGAAGGUUCUGCGCUUCCCCAACCGAGAGCACCAGGUGUGGCUGGAGCCUGAAGGCUUGGACUCCAAUGUCAUCUACCCCCAGGGCUUGUCCAUGACACUGCCACCUGAGCUCCAGGAGCAGGUGAUCAACUCCAUACCAGGCUUGGAAAGAGCCAAGAUGUUGCAGCCAGGCUAUGGGGUGCAGUAUGACUUUCUGGAUCCCCGACAGCUGACUGCCUCCCUGGAGUCUCGCCUGGUGCAGAGCCUCUUCUUUGCAGGCCAAGUGAAUGGCACCACAGGCUAUGAGGAAGCUGCAGCCCAGGGGGUGAUUGCUGGGAUCAAUGCCUGCCUGCGGGUGCAGGGCAAGCCUCCUUUCCUGGUCAGUCGCACCCAGGGCUACCUUGGGGUCCUGAUUGAUGACCUGACCACGCUGGGCACCAGUGAGCCCUACCGGAUGUUCAGCAGCCGCGUGGAGUUCCGCAUGUCCCUGCGGCCGGACAAUGCCGACGCCAGGCUCACCCCCAGAGGCUUCGAGGAGGCUGGGUGUGUGUCCCAGCAGCGAUAUGAACAAGCAGUGAAGAUGAGAACUGCCUUAGAGGAUGGAAUUGCAACCCUGAAGUCCCUUCAGUUCAGCAUCUCCAAGUGGUCUCACUUGAUACCAGAAGUUCCCAUCAGUAGCAGUCGAAGGUCACCUGCCAGUGCCUUUGACAUCCUUCAAUACCAAGAGGUCAACAUGGAUGUGCUGGCAAGGGCUGUCCCAGAGCCCCUGGCAAAGCUUGCUCAGUGGAGAGAACUGGCAGAGAGACUGAAAAUAGAAGCUGCUUAUGAGUGGUGUGUGGCCAACCAGCAGCAGGAAAUAGAAGAAGUACUUCGUGAUGAAGGCCUGCAGCUGCCAGAGGACUUGGAUUACUUUGCCAUUGAUGCCUCCCUCUCGGCGGAGGUGCGAGAGAAGCUGGAUGCCAGCCGGCCCCGGACGAUUGGGGCUCUCAGCCGCAUCCCUGGAGUCACUCCAGCUGCUGUGGUCAACCUGCUGAGGUUUGUCAAGGCUCAGCACCACAAGGCACAGCCCAAAGCUUCCCCUGGGGCUGCCAAUCGCUUGCAAGGGGAAAUGUGCUUGGAGAAGGCAGCUUCCCCCAGGCAAAUGUCAGCAGAGCUUCCUGAAGAGGCCCUGGAGCACCUUGGCUAAAACCCCUCCUGCAAGGUUACCUGUGGCAGAGGUGCCAGCUGCAGCCAGGGCAGUGGCACUUGUAUCCCCUGGCAGGGGCCCUGAGCUCCACGAAGAUGAGCAAAGUGCAAACAUUAAGUGCGUGCUCAGGAGCCUAACUGCAGCCCUGAUGUUGCCACCCAAAUGAAGGAGGGGAAUUGCUUUGGCAGUGCUGCUCCUGGGAGGAUGUCAGACAGUCAGCAGCUGCUGCAAGCAUCUUGGGAAGGAGAGUGAGCUGCUGGCUGAGCUGCCUGAGGAGUGUUCCCCUGCUGGGCCCAGGCAGCACAAGAGAAUUGGAGCUGGAAAGUGCCUUCCAGUGCCUUCAGUGUCCCUUGCUGGGCAGUGACUGCCAGGCUCUGCCCCUUUGGUCUGAUGGCAGCCAGCAGCAGCCCCUUGGCUCUGGAAACAUGUGCCACACACAUGGCUAAGCUUGGGUGAGAGAAUGUGUGAUGUAAGC